AGCCAGCCUUGCACAUGCCGGAACCAUUGUCAAUGACGAGGGCAGCUACUUCUUCUUCCAUGGUAAAUUUAUUCGUUGUUAAGGGUGGUCUUGAUGGUCGUUGGAGAUCAAGCUUGAGUUGUGCAUGUUAUUUGAACAGUUCUGUGACAGGAAGCGCAGCUGCGCAGCCUCAAAACUUCGCAGGGCUAUUCAAUGAUGGCUAUCAUGAUGGUCACAUUCAAUGUCGUCGUUGCUAAGCUUAAGGCUGUGCCGCAGUAAAAUCAUGCUGCGUGUCCACGGGCGUGGGUCAGUGACCACGAGAGUCGACUCAUGAAACGCUAAGCCAAGUACUUAGUGUGAGAUCUUACGCAUUGACAAAAUUGACAGCCUCCAUAUAUUUACAUAAUUUGGGAUGAGUCAAGGUCGACUCUAUCUAUCAUGGCACCCUCCAAUGGCACCAAUACCGCUAGCUUCCCAGUUGCAUCCACUUCCCGCCCAGCCCAGGUCAAUCGAGGCUCUUUUCCUGUCGCAAACAUCAUCAUUCUCGCAAUCUGUAUAAUUGGCAUGAGUGCCCUCGUAAUCUGCGUGUUUCUUCGGCAUCGUUCUGCAACCAGGAUCAAGCAAAGUUCAUCGAAGGUCAACAAAGGCGAGCCAAUGCCGUUCAACAGACUGUGGUCUCGUGUACUCUCGUUGCAUCUUUGGCGUUCAAAAACCAAGUUAGCCACCAAGCACAAGGAGGGUGAGAUGACCACUAUCGGCGCGUUGCAUGCGACAUGCACCUUCGUUGCUGCUGCACCAUCAAAAUGUCUUGCCCCUCCUGUCGUGAUGCAAUUCAGAGUACCAGAGACAGAUAAGUUUGUUGUACUAUGUUCGGUCUGCUGUCCCCUGUCGGCGCACUAUGCAUGUGGCGAUCCGAAGCCGUGGGUGCACAGUGCUUUCGCCGAUAUUCCACAUCUAGCCCAAGAGCAGCUUCCCGUGAGUAAUCAACCAUCAAGUAUUCCCGAACGCCAGCCGUAUGGCGUCGAUAUCCCGCCUUUCGAUCAGGAUCACUCAUCUACCAUCGAGCUACCCAACCUCACUUUUGAAGACCAGCUUCGAUCGCCUUCUGCUCCACCAGAAGGGCCAAAGAGGACGCUUGCCCGAGAAGACCUCCCAGUUUUAUUUCUCAAGACUCCCUCAAGAUGAUUGUUGGCAACCGGUUAUACGGGCUUUGCGAUUUUAAUCCUUUGUAC